AUGCUGAAAUCGGUGAAGCCGGAAGAUAAGUCCAUGGCUAUGGCGCUCGUCGUUGUCGUCACCAGCCUCUUUGCAUUCAUCCCGGGUCCCAUCAUCUACGGUGCCAUCAUCGAUUCGACGUGCCUGAUCUGGAAAGAGCCGACUUGUGGGACUGGCAAAGGCAACUGCGCCUUCUACGACAGCGACAAAUUCCGCAUCGCUCUCCACGCCUGGACAGCCGGAUUUGUGGCCGUGGCGCUGAUAUUCGACGUCCUCGUCUGGAUCCAAAGCAGAGAUCUAGUCCUCUACCCAGAGAAGAAAGACGACCAGAAGACCAAAUCUCGGAACGGGACCACAACCACGUGAAAAAAAAAUUCAUACAAGAGUGGUUUUGACAAUAUCCCAUUCAAAUGCAAACAAAAAAACUGAGCGGACUCUAAAAACUUCUUGAAUAGAUGUAGUCCCUUUUUCCCGUUCGUUCGGGGCCGCGAUCACAGUGGAUUCUUUAUCGUUAGAAAACUUUCAUUGUCUCCUUUGAUUCAGUAUUUAACACAGGAGAACUCUUUCAGGAGUCUGUCCCGCCUGCUGCUUAUCCACCGCUCAGUUCUUUUUUUGUUGAAUGGUGUGCUGAAUUCGACCAUAUCCUUUGGAAACAGUAUUUUAUACGUUUUCCACGAAGGACCCUAAUUGUGAUUUUGCGUGAUGAAGUCCGUAGGGCCUGUUUUUUUUUGUAUGUCCUACAAUUUUCCCACGAUGUGGUCAUACUGACGGUGUCUGGAUGCAUUUUUCCCUUUUGUUUUCCACGAAUAAAGAUGUCAUCGGGUGUUUCCAUACAAAACCGGGGCCGAGAGUUUCCCACCGUGACGCCUCGAGUGACGGACGUGAGGCCGACCAGAC